UUUAAAUUUGGAGAAGAAUAUUAAAUCCUAUUUUUUAUUUUUUUUAAGUAAAUUUAGUUAUAUUUUGAGCAGAGAGAAAAACAAGAUUUGGGUAUUAUAGAAAUUAAAGUUAAAAAGAUGAGAAACGAGAGAACAGACUUUCUAUUUUUUAUAUUAAGAUGAAAAUCAAUAAAUACUUAGAAGCUGGGAGAGAAAGGAACAGGCAAAGGAGGAGAAAUUGUCAUUUCCCUGACUUUUGACUUGUACAUGAAUCAUGAUAAAUUUUAUGAGUUUCCGGCACUUCAUUUAUAGGCUGUUGGGUUUGUUGACCAAGUGCCGAUCGAAAAUGAAUUAAAUAUUGGAUUUGCGUACAGGGCAAACCACUUAGCGAUAGAUUGUUUACAUUAGACUCGGUCAGUUACAUUGCCACCCACCGGCUCCCAUUACAUUCCAACAGAAGCUUCUUUUCCUUGGAAAAAGCUUCACAAGUCUCCAAAUCUUUUCAAAGAUCCACCGUUUAAUUUUAUUUUCAUGAUUGAGAAAGGAAAUUAAUUUCAUCUCAUCUCCAUCUCCAUAUCCAUAUCCAUAUCCAUAUCCUUCUGAAUCAUUCCAAAUCGCUCUCUCUUGCAAAAUGCAUCUCCAUCUUUUUCCACUUUUCCUUAUCCUCCUGUUCAUGUUCAUGGUCCCUGUUCCGAGGGUUGUGUGCGAGGCCAAUCAACAAUUCGUCAGCUGCGGCGCACAGUAUGAGUGCGGGAAUAUGAAUAUUAGUUAUCCUUUCUGGGGAGGGAGCCGCCCUCCUUACUGUGGCCAUCCAGGGUUCGAGCUGACUUGUAAUGGUGAAGCCCCGGUGUUUACGAUGAAGGAGGCGAGUUACCGAAUCCUGGAUAUCAAUAACUCAUUCCAUACUCUCACCGUUGCUAGGGCGGAUUACUGGGAUAGUUACUGCCCUCCUACAUAUGUUAACACCACUCUGAAUGAAUCCAUUUUUAGUUAUAAUGCCACCUAUACAGACGUGACCCUCUACUAUGAUUGUCCCCAACUUACUAUCGCGCCUUCCAACCAGUUCAAUUGCACCAAUAUCACUGGUUACUAUACAACACUGGAUUUUAACCUUGGCGUAAGCAUAGGGAGUUGCAGUGUGUAUGUGACGGUUCCGAUUUUCAAGUCAGCAGCUACCGCUAUAGUGAGCGGUGGAGGUACACUGACUCUUCUUACUGAAGCUCUUAAGGGUGGUUUCGGGUUGGAGUGGAAUGCCAGUAAUAGUUUGUGUACAGAAUGUGUUGAAUCCGGUGGGCAGUGCGGCUAUACCUCCAACCAAUUCACAUGCUAUUGUCGGAAUGGGUAUUCUCCCUCCACUUGCCAAAACACAACAAGCGCAUCAGGGACAGGCGGUAAUAAUGUACCAAAAACAGUAGGCUAUUCCGUAUUAGGUGCAGUCCUUUUGGGCAUUUUCCUUGGAUGUCUCUUCUAUUUUCUUGCCCAACGGCGAAGACGUGCAUCCAAAGCUAAAAGCAAGGACCUCCCUACUCCUCCUUCAAGCAAAGGCAUUGCACCAUCCUUAACUGGUUUCUCUGAGAGCAUCCCCUCUUAUCCCUAUACAAAGUCUGACAUUGAAAAGGGGAGCACCUACUUUGGAGUUCAGGUCUUCAGUUACAUGGAACUUGAAGAAGCCACUAACAAUUUCGACCCAUCUAGAGAACUUGGAGAUGGAGGAUUUGGCACUGUUUACUACGGUAAACUACAAGAUGGGCGUGUAGUUGCAGUUAAGCGCCUAUAUGAGAAUAAUUUCAAACGUGUUGAACAGUUCAUGAACGAAGUUCAGAUCCUAACUCGUUUACAACAUCAAAACCUCGUGAAGUUGUAUGGGUGCACCUCAAGGCGAAGCCGAGAACUCCUCCUUGUUUACGAAUAUAUUCCUAAUGGAACUGUGGCAGAUCAUCUUCACGGUAAGCAAGCAAACUCUGGCUCGAUCACUUGGCCCGUAAGGUUGAGCAUCGCCAUAGAGACAGCCAAUGCACUGGCUUACCUCCAUGAGUCAGAAAUCAUACACCGUGAUGUCAAAACAAACAAUAUUCUCCUGGAUAACAAUUUCCAGGUAAAAGUUGCUGAUUUUGGGCUUUCUCGAUUGUUCCCGACUGAUGUCACCCAUGUGUCAACUGCACCACAAGGGACGCCUGGCUAUGUUGAUCCCGAGUACCAUCAGUGCUACCAACUGACGAGCAAGAGCGAUGUUUAUAGCUUUGGGGUGGUUUUGAUGGAACUUAUAUCAUCAAAACAAGCUGUGGACACCAAUAGGCACCGGCAUGAUAUUAAUUUGGCCAACAUGGCUGUGAACAAAAUUCUAAAUCAUACGUUGCAUGAGUUGGUGGAUCCAUCCCUUGGGUUUGAAAGUGAUUCUCUUGUAAGGAGGAAAAUAACGUUGGUGGCAGAGUUGGCUUUUCGGUGUCUGCAACAUGAGAGGGAUAUGAGGCCUACCAUGGGAGAAGUGCUCAAGGCUCUGAGACGAAUUGAGAAUGAAGAGAGCGACGUGCAGAAAGCAGAGGAGGUGGAUAUAAACUCAGAGGACAUCGGGCUUUUAAAGAGUAACCCUCCCCCGGUCUCUCCAGAUUCAGUGGUGGCUGAUAAAGGGGUCAACCCUACUACACCUUAUUCUUUCUAGUAGGUUGAGAUUUCAUUUUUGCUUAAAUUUGAGACUAGAAUGGUUUAAGUAUUACUCACACUCGUGAUAGGAUGUCACCGAGUGUAUUAGAAUUUCAUUGUCUUGGGAACCACCUGGCUUUGUCAUGAUGUUCAUAGAAGAUAAAUGCAAGCAAACAUACCUAAUAUGUGCAAGUUUCAGGGAAUGUACAUAGUAAAAUGAAGAUAGCAGCACAAGUAUGCUGAUCUUCUUUUAUUGGAUA